GGGCAGCAGGGACUGGACUCAUCCUGCCUGUCAGUGCUGGAGGCGGCAUCACUGACCCCCUGCUGGGCACGCAGAGGCGGGAAUGACGAUGACCUGACUCGGCUGUCAUGUUAAAACUUUUACUCCCUCUGAGCCGGGCCACAGAUUUUGGAAACUAGGUCUAAAAAUGGACUGGUUCCACUGUAACCAGUGCUUCACAAAGAGAGGAUCGAAGUUUGCUGUGUCCAGCUGUGGCCACAUCUGCUGUGAAGCAUGCAUCACAUCUAAGCAGUGCAGUGUUUGUAGGGCCAGCUGCAGUUAUUUGCCCAUCACAGAUGAGAUGAAGCCACAGGAAAAAGUGUUUUUCCAAGAUCCUGUGAAGCUCAUCCAAUCACGAAUGGAGCACAUAUCGCAGAUUGCACUUUUUCAGCGAACACAGAUGGAGAAAGUCACAGCGCACUUCAAGCAUAAGUCUGUUGAACUGGAAAGGCGUCUAAAGGAAGUCACUGAGCAGGGUUACAGGCAACUCUCGGAGCUGAAAAGAGAGAAUGCUCACUUAAAAAAGAAACUUUCAGAGCUGGAAAGAGAGACUGCAGAAUUAAAAAAGCCUCUUUCUCAGAGGAGGGUUUCUCCAGGACAAUUUCAAAUAGAUGGUACUCAAAGGAUGUCACUCCCUGUUGCUGUCACUUCCCCAGUUACCCCUCGUUCAAGACCUAUAAGUCACAUAGGUUCAGCAGAGUCCCAGGGGUUGGCCAGAGACAGAGGUCCCAGUCUCUCCUCCCUCACAACUCCUGGAUCAGCAACCUCUCGUUCCAGUCAUAGUCCUCUUCAUGAACACGGACACAGAACACCUUCUUCCUUAAGCACUCCUACAAGAACUCAGCGCCAGACUCCUAAUGUUUUCCCGUUCCAGUUUAUGAGUGGAUUAUCAAUACUGUCACCAAGGCGUUAAUGAAAUGGGCACUAACAGUUCUGGGGAUAUUUUUGUCAGUUUAGCAGUCAUUAGCUAUAGAUCUGUUCAUCAGGACUGUCACAUGUUGUGGAAGGUGAGGAUUUGUUUUUGUUCAGAAACAGUUGGCACAAAUGAUUAAAUGUCUUGUAUGUUGCUGAGUGUGUAGGUGUUUUAUAGUUGUUAAGCCUAUAUGGAUGUUACUGUACUGAUCUCACAACUGCUCUUCUGUUGAGUUAUUAAACUGCUAAAUUAUCUUA